UUUUGACGUGGCCUAGUUCUUGUCACUGAAUCCACGCGAAAAUAAAGAAGUGAAGUGUCGUAGAAAUUUGCCGGUCAUUUCGCGAUCAUGGGGCUUACAAUUUCAAGUUUGUUCUCCAGGCUUUUCGGCAAGGUUCCAAUGAGGAUUCUAAUGGUGGGUCUUGAUGCAGCUGGUAAAACAACAAUCUUGUACAAACUUAAACUGGGAGAAAUUGUUACAACCAUCCCUACUAUAGGUUUCAAUGUUGAGACUGUGGAAUACAAGAAUAUCUCAUUUACAGUAUGGGAUGUGGGCGGCCAAGACAAGAUUCGGCCUUUGUGGAGACACUACUUCACAAACACACAGGGACUGAUAUUUGUUGUGGACAGUAAUGACAGGGAAAGAAUAGCUGAAGCUAAUGAUGAACUACAAAAAAUGCUUCAGGAAGAGGAAUUGUCUGAUGCUAUACUACUGGUGUUUGCAAAUAAGCAGGACUUGCCAAAUGCUUACUCUACCUCUGAAAUAACGGAAAAGCUAGGACUCCACAGUGUCAAAUCAAGAAAGUGGUAUGUCCAAGGUACAUGUGCAACUCAGGGAACAGGGCUGUAUGAAGGACUGGACUGGCUCUCAAAUGAACUCACUAAGUAAAUGUUCCAAAAGGAAACCUCAAAAGUUUUUUAUACACAAAAUAUUGUACACUUUUGUCUGAUGAUUUCCCUUCAACAACAUUUUGAAAUCAGUUUGCUGAAAACUCUGGCCACUUAUUUAAGGUACAGCAAUUAAGCAAGCAAGUCUGUCAGCUUAUUAUGCAACUAAUAUCUUUGUUUAGGCUGUAGUCUGUGUUUUGCCAAUCCUAAGCUGUAAACUCACUUAAAAAACUUCAAGAAUAAUUUUUUUUACUCCAGUUUCAAAAUGCCUGUUAUAGAGUUAUCAGUUCAUUUAUUAAAUGCAAUGGCACAGUGCCCAGUUAGAGGCUAUUUCCUUUAUUGUGGAAUAAAUUGUUGUAGGUUUGCUAUUAAAAAUAAAGUUAGGAUAAAGUUUUAAUUGACUUAAAAAUCAGAGUCUAGUUUAGUUUGAAUAAUAUGUAGUGUAACAACAUUGGCCAGAAAUUAUUUAACAGCAGUUGGAUUUCUGUCAAAUAAAAUUGCAUUACCACAAAUGUAGACUCUGUUAGACAUUACACAAUCUGUUUGCAGCGCCUUAAUUAUUGUCAUGUUUACAUAAUGUAAUUUGGUGAUACAAAAAUAAUAGGAAUGGAAGUCUGGCAAAACGUACAGUAAAGAAAGAAAAGAGAGAAGAGAAGGUAUUUACAGGGGUGGCAAAAGGCCUGCUCUGGAAAAUAGUUUUUGGCAAAUUAAGGACCUUGGCUACCCGGCCUUGCAUUAGGCAGCAGGUUUGAUUUCAAAACUUAAGCUUCUUCCAUUCUGAUUUUUCAUUGUUAGAAUUUAAAGAGUAGCAAAUAAGCGCAAACUAAUUUUAAACACCAAAGACAACAAUGAAAUUGUGAAAUUUUCAGUUGAAAGUAAAAAAUGAUCCAUGAUUCCAUUGUUUUUGCUUUGCCACCUUUUGAUUGGUCUAUAAAGCUCUUGCCAACCUCUCAACCAAUCAGAGAGAUCUAAACCUAACAGUUACUUGGUCACAUGCGUUUUCCUGCACUUGAAUUAAAUAACAUGGGCAUGUGGUUUUGCUUUAAGCUCAUAUGGACACUUCAAGAUAAUUUUCCUUUAUAUUGAUAGCCUGUUUUCGUCACUUUGGUUUUUAAGUAGAAAAAAUCUUAAAGCCUGGUUUAUUUCUCUUGCUAAUACUUAAUUUGGGCAUAUUGUAGCAUUUUACUUCAGUAAAGAUACACCUUUCUUCAUCUAUGUAAGUAAAGUGUUUGAGAAAAAUUAUUAAAAAAGCAAAUAAAAAGGUUGAACUUAU